AUGGCAUCUACUUCUAACACCAGCACACCCCAAUAUCUUGAAGAAUCAGCACCAUCUACAUCUACAAUGCCUGUCUUUGUCAUCUACAAGCCUCCCGCAGACACAGAUAAACUUGCCGUCCUCAGCGAUAACAGGUAUCAUGUGUUUCUGAGUUUCAGGGGAGAAGAUGUGAGAAAGACUCUGGUUGAUCAUCUCUAUGAAGCUCUCUCAACAGUAGGACUCAACGUCUAUAAAGACGAUGACAAAUUGGAAAAGGGGGAAGAGAUCUGGCCGAGCUUGGAAAGAGCGAUCGAGAGCAGUGCCUUUCGCAUUCCUGUAUUUUCCAAAGGCUACGCAGACUCAAUUUGGUGUCUGAAGGAGGCCGCUGCCAUGUUGAAGACCCCUGGCUUGAUUAUUCCCCUCUUUUAUCAUAUGGAUCCAACUCAGGUUAGAUAUCCUGAAAACAAGUCUAGUCCCUACAGGCAACCAUUUCUGAAACAUUAUAGCCAUUCAGAUCGAUAUUCAAAAGAAGUAAUUGAUGUGUGGAAGAAUUCCCUGGAAAAGAUCUGUUCUCGAUCAGGCUGGUCCACGGAUAUAACUCAAGGGUAA